GCUUCUUGCUCACAGAUCACUGCGGCAUCUUCACAUGUGACAUCACUCCCUCCUACUUUCCUUCCACCCACAUCGCUCUCUCCCAUUUAUUUCUCUUCCACGGUCCACCACGUCUACUUAUCUACUUCCAGAUACAUGUAACUUCGCUGACAUAUUUAUUUUGUGCCGACGCCGACGCCGACGCCAUUGCCAAUCCGGAACCCGUAACUUGAGCUGUCGUGAUGAUGGCUUGACGAUUUCCCCCUUCUACGUUCUUAGACAUACCCCGUUCCUGUUGCGCCACCGCUUUUCUUCUUUAGAUUAACUCGUUCCACUUGAACCGAGUACCACGAUGGCCAUCCCUUUCAUCGGCCGACUCAACAUCGUAGAAUAUGUCGCUUUGGUGGGGUCGUUCCUCCUGGUUGGACUCGAGGCGAUUAUCCGCGUCCUGACCUUGGCUCUACCUUCACCGCUCAUCUCGCUCUUCUAUAGAGCUUCUCGUCGUCUGUUUAACCGAUUCUCGACGCCGGCGCAUAAACGUGCGGAGCAGCGUAAGAAUUCCAUCUCAACGUCCGUGAGAGACGCAUCCGACUUUGUGGACCUCUGCCGUCUGUACGGAUAUGAAGCCGAAGAGCAUGUGCUGCAAACCAAAGAUGGUUACCUUCUUGGCCUCCACCGGCUGGCUUGGAAAAAGGGAGAGGAGGGACAGAAGGUCAACAGCGGGCCGGGAAGUUUGAAGAAGAAGGUCUUGUAUCUUCACCAUGGUCUUCUUAUGAACUCAGAAGUCUGGGUCUGCUUGACCGACGAGCGGCGGUGUCUUCCAUUUGUCCUUGCCGAGCAGGGCUAUGACGUUUGGCUUGGCAACAACCGUGGUAACAAGUAUUCAAAGAAGUCGGUACACCACUCGCCCAAGUCGCCCGGCUUCUGGAAUUUCUCCAUCGACGAGUUUGCUUUCCACGACAUCCCAGACAGCAUUGCCUACAUCCUGGAGACGACGGAGCAGGAGAGCUUGUCGUACAUUGGAUUCUCUCAGGGGACUGCGCAGGCCUUCGCUACCCUUGCCAUUCACCCGAAGCUCAACCAGCAAGUCAACGUCUUUAUCGCCUUGGCACCGGCCAUGUCUCCCGCCGGCCUUUCCAAUGGAAUCGUCGACGCCUUGAUCAAGGCUUCGCCCCAGGUCUUAUUCCUCCUCUUCGGCCGCCGAUCCAUUCUCAGUUCAGCCACCAUGUGGCAGUCCAUUCUUUACCCGCCCAUCUUUGUUAGAGUCAUUGACAUGGGCCUUUCCUUUCUGUUCAAUUGGCGGACGAAGAACAUCUCCCUCAGCCAAAAGCUCGCAGCGUAUCCUCACCUCUACUCUUUUACUAGCACGAAGAGUGUGGUCCACUGGUUCCAAAUCAUUCGGAAUAAGUCUUUCCAGAUGUACGACGACGACGUCCACCCGCCUGUCUCGAUUAGUUCCUCGAGCAAGUACACCAAGGUCGCGAAGUACCCCACGCGCAACAUUAAGACGCCCAUAGUUCUCGUGUACGGCGGCAGCGACUCGCUGGUUGACAUUAAGGUCAUGCUCAAGGAACUCCCGUCCCAGACCGUGGCCACCGAGAUCCCUCACUACGAACAUCUUGACUUUCUGUGGGGACGCGAUGUUGACGCCCAGGUCUUCCCUCACGUAUUUGAUGCCCUCGACAGCUUCACGGAUGCUUUGCAUACGAAGGAGGAAUACGACCGGUACCAGCUCGCGAGACAAGAGAGUCUGCUGGGCUCCGGUAACGCGUAUAAGAAGCACGGGUACAAGGGCAGCGAUGUUUCUGUUAGUGAGUCCUCAAACACGGUGGACGAGGGACACAAUGGCAACGGCAACGGCAACGGCAACGGAAACGGUCUCGAGACUCCUGUCUCCCAAAACAAGACUCGAGACCGCCCCUCCGCAAUUCCCUCGCCGUUUGGCACCACCAGGAUGCGGACCCCCUACUCCCAAGUGGUACAGGACGACGAAUCUCCGUCGCCGUCUCCGGAUCGGCCUGAGAGCCGUGCGAACGAGGGAGAAGAGAGGCCAGAUAGCUCACUGGAUACUCGCGAGUCACCCACGGCCAAGCUCAAGGGCAUCGGCGUCCGGCGCGGAAGUGGAGGAAGCCACCUGAGCCUGGAUAGCAUGCGCGAGGGUCGAGGAAUAAGCCUUGGCACGAGCAAGGCUCUGGGAGGCGUGGUAACCAAGAGUGCGAUCGAUGCCAAGGGGUUGGGCAAUACAGGCGUGGAUGAGAACAAGAGUGCGAAGAAGAAGAAGCGGGUGACGGUCGCGCCAUAGAAGUCGGCUCGAAGGUGUAAGAUCUUAUGUGAAGCUAAAUGCCUGAACAACACGUCUUGAAAUUCCU